UGUCGUGUUGUGCACUUCAAUCCAUCUCUCACAAAAAGGAAGAGAAAAAACCUUUUUUUCUCUUUUACAUAAACUGUGCUGUGUUUUUUUUACGACAAAAGAACUGAAAUCAAUAAAAAAAUUUAUAAAAGAGUUGUGAAAUAGAAAAAAAGAAGAAAAAACAAACACUGUAAAAAUGUUAGAAUGAAAACGGAGUCAUCGAGAUUGAAGUCGGGUCAGUGAUUUCGAAUAUAUCUGAUACGAGCCCUACGAAGAAGGCAGUGUAUGUGUGAGAAACACACACAUACAGAGAAAGAGAGAGAGAGAGGGAGAUAGACAGACAAUCGAUAGAGAGUGAAUGAAAUAAAGUGGGAGAGAACAAAGACACAUACUUAUAAUUAAACGAAAUCGACAAUCAAUUGAUAUGAUAGCACCGGGAAUUCGGGUGGCGCGCGGUCCCAAUUGGAUUUGGAACGAUCAAGAUGAUGGAGAAGGUCACAUAGGAACAGUUUGUGAAUUGGGAAGGGCUGGAUCUACAUAUUCACCAGAGAAAACAGUCAUUGUAAAUUGGGACUCUGGUAAUCGGUCAAAUUAUCGGGUCGGCUAUCAAGAUCAAUAUGAUUUAUUGGUCGUUGACAACGCACAAAUCGGUGUGCGACAUGCAAACAUUAUAUGUGAUGGCUGUUCGAAAUCGGGUUUAGCUGGCAUUCGCUUUCGAUGUGCACAAUGUCCGAACUUUGACCUGUGUUCAUUAUGUUAUGGUGACGAUGUGCAUGAUUUGAAUCAUGAAUUCAUUCGAUUUCAAACUGCCAAUUCGGCCGGAGUUCGGGUGCCACCACGUGCCGGUUCAGUCAAACUAGAAAUGAAAGGCAUUUUCGUUGGUGCCAAAGUUGUGCAAGGCCAUGAUUGGGAAUGGGGUGGUCAAGACGGAGGCAAGUCUGGUUUGGUCGUUGAAAUUCGAGGUUGGGACAAUAUUUCAUGCCGUAGUGUAGCAAAUGUAUCUUGGGUAUCCGGUUCGACCAAUGUAUAUCGAUUAGGCCAUAAAGGAAAUGUUGAUUUGAAAUACAUUCAACCAGCGUCAGGCGGUUUUUAUUAUAGAGAUCACAUGCCAAUUCUCGGUAAAAAGGAAGAACAACAACCGGUAGCGGCAGCAACACGCUCCACAUUUACAGUGGGUGACCGAGUCAAAGUGUGUUUGGAUCGAAAGGCAUUAAUUAAUUUACAACAAGGGCACGGUGGAUGGAAUCCACGUAUGGCUGAUUACCUUAACAAAGUCGGUUGUGUUCAUAGAAUCACCGACAAAGGUGACAUUAGAGUUCAAUAUGAAAACUGUUCGAAUCGUUGGACAUUUCAUCCGGCAGCAUUAGUGAAAGUGUGUACAUUUCAAGUUGGCGACAUAGUUACAAUUGAUACAAAUGCGACUAAAGUGGAGAAAUUGCAAAAAGGUCAUGGUGAAUGGGUGGAAACGAUGCGAAAUGCUUUGGGUAAAACAGGAAAAGUGACAAAAGUGUACACCGAUGGUGAUUUGCGUGUGCAACAGCUUGACGAUGGUUUUGCAUGGACAUUGAAUCCAAAAUGUGUGAAAUUAGAGCGUUCACCGGCCAUAACAGCAAUAGCCACCGAACGUUCGAAUAGUAUGAUGGAUUUGAGUCAUCAACGCACUGACCAUGUAAUGACACCAUUGUCCGACUUGUCUGGGACAUCGGCUGCUGAUAAAUUGGUACGUGAAGCUGCAUUGGGCCGAUUGGAUUAUGUAAAACAAUAUUUAGAUGCACAUCCCGAUCAAGUUGAUUGUAUGAGUGCUGGUAAAACUUGUCUUCAAGUGGCUGCACAUCAAGGACACAUAAAUAUCAUCAAGUAUUUGUUAUCGGUGCGUGCAAAUGUCAAUAUUGUUGAUAAAGAGGGCGAUUCUACACUUCACUAUGCGGCAUUUGGCAAUCAACCAGAUAUUAUGCGAAUACUACUCAUGCACAGUGCUCACAUAAAUGUAGUGAACUCAAGUCGAUGUUCAGCGCUGCACAUUUCAGCCCAUAAAAAGCCACCCCAUUGUGUAAAAGUUUUACUUGAAUUCGGUGCAAAUGUGAAUAUUCAAGAUAGCUACGGCGACACAGCGCUUCAUGAUGCAAUCGGCAAAGAAAAUACCGAAGUUGUUGAGCUAUUAUGUAAUGCAGCAAACCUUGAUCUAACCGUUCGAAAUAAUCGUGGUUUUAAUGCAUUGCAUCAUGGUUCGUUGAAAGGAAAUGUGGCCGCAACACGAAAAAUCCUUCAAUUAGCUCCGCAACUGGUUGACAUUAAGAAAAACGAUGGAUUUGCACCGUUACAUUUGGCAUCGUUAAACGGUCAUUCAAUGGUUGUUGAUGUUCUUGUUCGUGAAGGCAAAGCCGACAUAAAUAUACGUAACAAUCGACGUCAAACUCCAUUCUUAUUGGCUGUGGCACAAGGACAUACAGCUGCCAUCGAAAAAUUGGUCGAUUUGGGUUGCGAUGUUUUAGUCAAAGACGAAGAUGGUGAUAAUGCGAUGCACUUGUGCGUCAUCAAAAAAAGCAAUUUAACACAAGAAGUGAGUGCUAGUGAAGCGCCCAAGAUUUAUGCAAUCUACCAGAGUUUGGCACAUUGCCAUGAAAAUCGUUUAAUGUAUGCAAUUCUAUGCUACUUGGCACAAAGUGGUUGCCAAAUUGAAACGAAUAACAAGGGCAAUCAAAUUUUGCAUUGGAUAUUGGAUAAAGAAAUGCAAGACAUGAUACUAAGCUAUGUUGCAAAGGCUCGUGCGGUGGAUGCGGUGAGCGGACGACGACCCGGUGUCAGUGAUUUAAGAAGUGAAAUUGAACAAACCUAUUCAAAUAUACAAGCAUUAAAUUUAUCGGACAGUGGCAGUGUUAACAAUAGUUUUGGUACCGAAUUCGAACGUGACGAUGCCAUGCCAGGCACUAGUGGCACUUCAAAUCAAUCGAAUCCCCCGACACCGAUGCGACGACAACAGCAACGCGAUCAAAAUGCAUCACCAUUGAAUGCAAGCGGUGAUGAAUUGUCUGCAAAUCAGAAUAUACCAAAGAAAUCGAAUAUCGAUGAUUCACGAUUAGCCGUACGUGGAAAUACACCAGUUGCCGCAGCAGCAACAUCGACACCAGAUACAAGUAAUUUAUAUGCAAAUGCUGACAAUGAAAUUGCAUCGUCAUCAUCUUGCAGCUCAACUUCCAAAGAUAACAAUAAUUUCAAGCAGAAUACAAGCAGUUCGAGCGGACCAAACGACACCACCACCAAUGAAACGCAUCAUUCAAAUAAAAUUAUCAACCAAAUUCAUUCGGUGCAACCGAACGAGUGCAUUGUAUGCAAUGAAAUAUUACCGUUGGUAAUAUUUGGAUCAUGUUCACAUCAAAUUGCAUGCAACGAAUGUUCGAUGCGAAUGAAAAAGUGUUUGUCAUGUGGACGACAAAUUGAACAUCGUCACGCUCCAAAUGGCAAAGAUAUAUCAACUGUUAAUUCAGCAGCAAGUCGAAUGCAAGUUCAGGUGACGCCAAGACAACCAGCCGCCGAUGAUCGGUUACGAUAUCUUGAAAGUAAAAUUAUGGAAUUUGAAGAAACGCAUAGUUGUAGCAUUUGUAUGGAACGUGUACGUGAUGUUGUUUUCUUGUGCGGUCACAGUUGCUGCUCUCGAUGCGCUGAAACACUAAAAACGUGUCACAUGUGCCGAAAGCAAAUCGCCAAAAAAAUCUAUUUGUAUUAGACAUAGAAUACACCGCGUAUACACCGAUUGACCGAUUUAAUAAUAUGGAUCAUCAUUCGAUAUCUCGAAAAAAGAAAAUUGAUAAAAAGAAUAAAAUCUUAAAAAAAAUUGAAAACAUAAACUGAUUAGCAUCGUUUAUCAAUUGAUGAAAAAUGAAUGUAUUUACAGGGUGCACACAUUUAUGGCUAAGAUUGCAUAUAUUUUGAACAUUUUAAUCAAAUAUUACAAAAUGUACCAGUAAUGUUAAUGCUCUAUUUAAAUUGUUCAACUCUAUUUUUCACCAUAUAGUCAAAACUUUAUAUUAUGUAAUGAAAUUAAUAUACGGAAAGAAUGAUAAAGAUAGGGAAAGAGGGGGAUAGGUAGAGAAAGUUUAAUAACGUAUAUAUUAAACUGACGCAUCGUAGUCUCGACUAAAUUGUGAAUUAUAAUUUACGACAACAUUUGAAUGAAAUCUUGAAAUGGAAGUUGCCAACGGGUAUUGAAAUUCGAAACUGGAGAAUUUUACCGUGUAGAAAAAGUGAAAAUUAAAAAGUCGCAAAUUAGAUUUACUUGACCGAAACAAAAUAAUAAUAAUUUAUCUACAUUUUGAAAGUCUGAUAGUUUUCUCAAAUGUAUUUCGUUAUAUAAAGUCAGCCAUAGAUUCAAUAAAAAAGGAAUAUGGAAAUGAAAACUCUAA